AUGUUUAUAAUCGUCCCCAUCUCUCUCUUUCUCUAUCUCUCUCUCUUUCUCUUUCUCUCUCACUCUCUCACCCUCUCUCUCUCUCUCUCUCUCUCUCUCAUACACACACACACUCACACAGAGUUGUCUACAAAUAUACAGUCGAAAGCUAAGCAGAGAGAUGGUUUGAAGAAACGGAUGGAGCAACUGCGGCGGAGUGUUGUCGAGGCAUCCGAAGCGGUCAAAGAAGAACGGGAGAAAAACGUGGCGUUGUUGCAAAAUAUAUUUCCUUCCGCUGUCGCGCAGAAACUUUGGCGAGGUGAGACAGUGGAACCCACCAAAGUGAAUGACGUCACCAUGUUGUUCAGUGAUAUCGUUGGCUUCACGGCGAUUUGUUCAUCAUGCAAACCAAUGAUGGUCGUCAAUAUGCUCAACGCUCUCUACACACAGUUCGAUACUUUCUGUGGCAUUCUGGACGUCUACAAGGUAAGUUAUUUCAAUUUACUUGACAAUGCUUUCCAGAGAAAAAUGCAAAGCUUUCUGAACAUAACUCUCUCUCUCUCUCUCUCUCUCUCUCUCUCUCUCUCUCUCUCUCUCUUCUGUAUUUUCCUUUUUCGAACUGGUGACAUCAGUUUUCCACGCUCUCUUGAGAGCUUUCAACGAAAUCUCUCUCUCUGUUUCUGUCUUAGCUUCACACUCUUCUUACGUUUUCUCGAUGAUUUAUCCAUUUUUAUAACUGCCAUUGUUAUUCUUUUUUUUUAUUUUCACGAAUUUUUUUUACUCUCUUUUUUAUCCCUUUCUUCUCUCCUUAUUUUUCAUUCCCCCCUCCCCACUCUUCCUUCUCUCUCUCUCUCUCUCUCUCUCUCUACUGUUAUUUUAUUUUAUGAUAUUUCUUACUAUAUAUUUCAUUUCCACUCUUUCUCACUCUCUCACUCUAUUUCAUUAUCUAUCUAUCUUUUUUUUUAA